CGUCCGAAACCGCCGGAAAAACCCGGAAGCAGCGGUCUCCAUGGAAACUCCGAGGUACAAACUUUCCCUUGAGUUGAUGUCACUGGUUGAGAAACAUGAGCACAGACAGUGACUACAGUAAGUACGACCUGAGCCGUCUGCAGGCAGAGCUGGAGCAAGAGAGAGAGAUGAAAGAAAUGCUUGAAGAGUCAGUGUGUGACCUGCAGAGCACCAUGUGUGAACUUCAAGAGAGACUGCACAGUGUUGACGGAGAAGGAAACGAGUGGAAGACGAGGUAUGAGACACAGAUAGAGCUAAACGGACAGCUUGAAAGACAAAUGUCACUCAUUCACGAGAGACUGGAGGACCUGCAAGGAAACCCCAUGGAUCGACUGGCCUCCAUACGAUCUUAUGAUGACAUGCCAGUACAGAGAGAGCCAGAGGCACAGAAUGAUGUGGAAAGGCAGACAGGCAGGACAGUCAGGAUUGUAAUGCCAGCUGCUCUCCAUCCUCCAGAAACACUGAGACAGCGCCUGAAGCUCCUGACCGAGGAGAGGACUGACCUCCAGAGUCAGCUGAUGGACUGUCAUCUCAGAAUCGAGCAGGAGGGAAAGGCUUUUCAUAAAACGAACGAUGAGAGGCGCGCAUACCUUUCAGAAAUCGCUAAGCUGUCCUCCACCCUUGAAGGCCAAAGAAGGCUGCACUCCACUCAGCCACAGAGAGCACCAGAGGGCAAACAGAGGAGCACUUUCAGAGGGAAGCAGGGCAGCAGGAAGGCAGAGGCUGACUCUAAGAAAGGCAAAGAGAGAGAAGAAGAUGGAGGAGGAGGAGUGCGCGUGAAUGGAGGAGGUGGUGGUGUUGGAACAGCAGAGAGAAGAGAUGUGAAGAAAUCUCAAAGGGGAAGCAGGUUACCUACCCUGAAGUACUACCUGAAACACAACCCCUGACCCAAACCAGCUGUUAUAGAAUGUGACAUUUGUCAAAGUCUGGAAAAAGUAGUAUUGUGAUUCACUGUUUGUCUUACAUUUCAUGUCAAAUACAGUGUUACCCUGAUCUCCUGGUAUAAAAUCGUACAUUUCUA